AGACUUAUUCCCUAAUUGAUAGGCCUGCGUGAGUAGUGUGUACGUAAAUGUCAAAAGGAAAAUGGCUUCAUCCAAUUCCAUGGCUUCACUUGCCACUGAAAUUUGCAACCAGAUAUCCUCCAUAUUCUCCAAACCCAGUUCCCACCCACCAGUCUUGGACAUCUUAGUCAACGAGAUCUCCUCCGCCGUCGCCAGAAAUGGCCGAGUCUUUCUGUACGGAGUAGGGCGCGAGGGCUUAAUGCUCAAGGCCCUAUGUAUGCGCCUCUUCCACCUCGGCGUCUCCGCUCACUUCGUCUUCGACAUGACCACGCCGCCCAUACACGGUCCACAGGAUCUCCUCAUUUCCUCGGCGGGUCCGGGAGGAUUCUCCACCGUCGAUGCUCUCUGCUCCAUAGCCAGAUCGAACGGCGCUAGAGUGUUGCUGCUGACUGCUCAGCCGGAUACGGGUUCUUGCGUGAAGCACGCUAGCGUGGUGGGCCACGUGGCAGCGCAGACGAUGGCGGAUGAUGAGUCGGUGAAUAAAUCUCGGCCGUUGCUUCUGAUGGGCAGUGCUUAUGAGGGAGCUCUGUUUGUGCUGUUUGAGAUGGCUGUGUAUCGUUUGGGUGAGGAACUGAAACAGAGCCCUGAGCUCAUACGAAAUCGCCAUACCAAUCUUGAGUGAGGUUUCAGUGACAGACCAAGAAAAUGAAAAACAAAAGACUACAGCAUGAUAGAUUGGUGUGGUGUUAGUAUCAAAAAAGAGAAUGAAAUUAGGAUACUGUAAGACUUAUUAAUCUUUUCCCUCCUUGGACUGUGUAUUUACAACGUAAUAUUUAUCAAAUUACUAAUUCUAUCGUAA